UUGAAAUUGGCGGUCUAGGGCUUCCCAGGCUCGCUUCACAUCUGAGAUCCCAGUCCUCGGGAGCCUCGAGAAAAUCGAGACGCCCGACGAGUGGGAAUUCCCUAUGUACGGCGGGAUCGCGUCGAGGGCCCGAAGGCGCCCCUCGAGCGCAGCGCCGCGUGGGGCUCGCCGCGCGCCCGAGAGGGCCCCGCCCGCCCAGCGGGCCGGGGCGGCCUCCCGGCGCCCCCAGUGGUCCGCGGGCGAUGCCGCCGCGGCCCGCGUCCGCCCGGGAGCCGACGAGGCGCUGGAGGCGGCCCUCGCGGAGUGCGCGCUGUCCAGCAGCUCGACGCCGGACCUGCCGCGCGGCGGCCCGCCGUCGGACCUGCCAUGCGGCGGCCCGCCGCCGGGAGUGCCGCCUCUGGAGGGCAGCCUGGACCUGCCUCGGGGCGGCAGGCCGGCGCCGGAGCUGCCGCAGAGCGCAGCGGCGGAGGAGGCGGCGGCGGCCGGAGGCAGCGGCCCGCCGGCGGAGGCCGCGCACCUCGCGGGCAGCACCCCGAGCCCGCCGCGGAGCGGAGGGGGGCAGC